AUUAUCAUUGAGAAAUACGGAUUUACUGGUACACAUUACCAGGAAGUAAGGGUAAAAGCUAACCCAGUAUUGGACAGAAGAAAUUUUUACACUGCGUAUAUUAAUGUUUGUGUGGCUCAGAACAAGGCAAAUGAAAGACUGAUAAGUGCAAUGGUUACUGCUGCUGUUUUAUCCGUCAUUUUUGAAUCCCUUGACAUUAUCAAGCUCAGAUGUGUUGACGCAUGCUGGAAAAAUAAAAACAAUCCACAGUAUACAAAGUACACUUCCUCUUCCAUACCGAACAGGCUGACAACAUCUAUUUUCUACAUGUUCCGUGUAAUGGUCAGCUACAUCCUGAUGCUGUGCGUCAUGACAAUGAAUGUUUGGAUAUUGCUGACCAUUUUGUUCGGGACAGCUGCAGGCCACUGCCUCAGAAGAAUCAUGAAAAAUCAACAUACAAGACCAGACUUCGAUAUUGGGGGUACCCACCUUGAUGAAGAAACAAAUCAUAAGAAUUUUGAACCGUUACUUAACGAAGAGAAUGAGCUAACUGAAGUCAGGGGAGAAGCAGUUUCUGGACUGUAACAAAGAAAGAUAUACGUAACUAGCUAUAUCAGAAUACGCCUUUUGUUCUAAAAAGACACACCGGUGAACACUUCAGUGAGACUUUGAUGGUAGAUACAUGCAACUUUUUUUUAUUCUAUCUUAUGAUUUAUACAUACUGUAUGUACUACGUACCGCCAAGGUAAACGAUGUGAUGUGCUUUUCCUGGAACAAAUAAUUGAAACUACAUGUAGUUAUUAAUGUGCAGGAACUAUUAAAAGUCUAAAAAUGUGCUGCAGAGAAAAAAUCAUUAAAUUAUUUGUUAUAAGUA